AUGGUGGCUGAAAGUGCAUGGCUGAAAACCUCUACCUCAUACCGGUGCACUCAGGUGGCGAUGCAUGUGAAUUCUGCCCGAUCGAGAGAAAUGGGGAAACACUUACUUUCCAGAACUCCACAGCUAAGCAAGAUCUUGGCAAUGCCAACAGCUUGUCAACCAGUGUUUGUCAAGUCUCCAGAACAUGGCCUUCCAUCCUGGGAUGGGCUGAUGCACUUUCCUGGCAGAAAAUAUUCAUGGAAUAUCAUAGAUAUAAAAGAGAAACAUUUGUUUAAGAAAAGGUACUGUGAAAAUAACAAUAUGCUGAGUAUUGGACAUCAGAACCCACCAUUUCUGCAUGCUUCAGCAGCAUGGACUAGUUCAGUGCUCCUGCCAGGCCACACAGAUAUGACCAUUCAAGGCAUUUCAGAUGCCAAGGAAUACCAAAUGCAAGGGACAAAAUGUAAAGGGUACAUACCCAGUUACUUAGACAAGGAUGAGCUAUGUGUUGUGUGUGGUGACAAAGCCACUGGGUAUCAUUAUCGCUGCAUCACUUGUGAAGGUUGCAAGGGUUUUUUCCGAAGAACUAUUCAGAAAAACCUUCACCCGACUUACUCCUGUAAAUAUGAAGGGAAAUGUGUGAUAGACAAAGUCACAAGAAACCAGUGCCAGGAAUGUCGCUUCAAGAAAUGCAUCUAUGUUGGCAUGGCAACAGAUUUGGUGUUGGAUGACAGCAAGCGGUUAGCAAAAAGGAAAUUGAUAGAGGAAAAUCGAGAGAAGAGACGUCGGGAAGAACUGCAGAAAACAAUUGGGAUGAAACCUGAGCCAACAGAUGAAGAGUGGGAGCUUAUAAAAAUUGUUACUGAAGCACAUGUGGCCACCAAUGCACAAGGAAGCCACUGGAAACAGAAAAGGAAAUUUCUGCCAGAGGAUAUUGGACAAGCACCAAUAGUAAAUGCCCCAGAAGGCGGGAAAGUAGAUUUAGAAGCCUUCAGCCAGUUUACAAAAAUUAUCACACCAGCAAUCACGAGAGUGGUGGAUUUUGCCAAAAAGUUGCCUAUGUUCUGUGAGCUGCCAUGUGAAGACCAGAUAAUCCUUCUGAAAGGCUGUUGCAUGGAGAUCAUGUCCCUCAGAGCAGCAGUACGCUAUGACCCCGAGAGUGAGACUUUGACACUAAAUGGGGAGAUGGCAGUGACAAGGGGACAACUGAAAAAUGGGGGUCUUGGAGUCGUAUCAGAUGCCAUUUUUGACCUGGGGAUGUCACUGUCAUCAUUCAAUCUCGAUGACACAGAAGUCGCCCUCCUUCAGGCUGUGCUGCUAAUGUCUUCAGAUCGCCCAGGUCUCGUCAGUGUUGAGCGAAUAGAAAAGUGUCAAGAGGGCUUCCUCCUGGCGUUUGAACACUACAUUAAUUACAGAAAGCACCACAUUGCACACUUUUGGCCAAAACUGCUGAUGAAAGUGACGGACCUACGUAUGAUUGGAGCCUGCCAUGCUAGCCGCUUCCUGCACAUGAAGGUGGAAUGCCCAACAGAACUCUUUCCUCCUUUGUUCUUGGAAGUUUUUGAGGAUUAAAAAGACUGGAAAGGUUCUCAAAAUUCCUAUAGCACUACUGGGUGUCAUUUCAUUCCAUUGCCUAGUGUUCUUUUUUUAUUAUUAUUUUUAUGUUUUUUGGUCCAUUCCCAUUUUGUUCCACCUUGUUUUGUUUGGAGGAUUAUGUUUAAUAGGCACGAAUGAAUAUGUCCCUUCAAUGCGGGUACUUGUGACAAUUGCAUUAUUUUUGUGUGUCUUUCAGUCCUUUCGAUGUGAAUCCUUUGAGAGUUUGACAUUGAGAAUAGAAGUGAAUCAGUUUCAUUCACCAGCACUCAGGCGAUCACAAGCUCAUACUCAUCGCUGUUUGGAGAGAGACCGGGAAAUAAGCUGAAGUGUCUGGAAAAUAGAUUUUCUGAUCUUUAUAAUUUUUAAAUUCUGCCAUAUUUUAUACAGUAUUAACUCACUUUUCAGAACAUGAUACCUCUUUGCUGAGGUAUUUGGCACAUCUAACAAGUGUUAGUUGUACCUAAGUCUAGCUGAAAUCAGUAGGACUUGCAGUGCAAUCCUAUA